AUUCAUCAGGCCGGCUAGCCUAUCAAUGACAUUGCGCCCAUCGGGGCUCCUAUAAAAUGAUGCUUUUUCCCAUGAAACAUCCGCAAACAUUUUGACGGGUUUGGCUUUGCCCGGCUGGAUUACUGAGUGUCCCCUUGCUCGCUCGCUCGCUUUCUCUUUCUCUCUCCCUCUGCUCUGCGCUCGCCCCCUUCUUUGGCUCUUUUCUCCUUCCUCUUUUCUUUCCUCUUCUUUCUGUUUCUUUUUUCUUUGCUCCUUUAUCCUUUUGCCCUCUUGCUCUACGCUCUGCGUUUCCCUCUCCUUUUCCCCUUCCUCCCUGGGCAUCUCUAGCACAGGGGAUCCCCAAACAUCAGGACUUUUGGGGGGCGCCUGUGCUGUCCAUGGGAAGAGCAUGCAUUGUGGGUUACUGGAGGAACCCGACAUGGAUUCCACAGAGAGCUGGAUUGAAAGAUGUCUCAACGAAAGUGAAAACAAACGUUAUUCCAGCCACACAUCUCUGGGGAAUGUUUCUAAUGAUGAAAAUGAGGAAAAAGAAAAUAAUAGAGCAUCCAAGCCCCACUCCACUCCUGCUACUCUUCAGUGGCUGGAGGAGAACUAUGAGAUCGCGGAAGGGGUCUGCAUUCCUCGAAGUGCCCUCUACAUGCAUUACCUGGACUUCUGCGAGAAGAACGACACCCAGCCCGUCAAUGCUGCCAGCUUCGGGAAGAUCAUUCGGCAGCAGUUUCCUCAGUUAACGACCAGAAGACUCGGGACCCGAGGACAGUCAAAGUACCAUUACUACGGCAUUGCAGUGAAGGAAAGCUCCCAAUAUUAUGAUGUGAUGUACUCCAAGAAAGGAGCUGCCUGGGUGAGCGAAACAGGGAAGAAAGAAGUAAGCAAACAGACAGUGGCGUAUUCACCCCGGUCCAAACUUGGAACGUUGCUGCCAGAGUUCCCAAACGUCAAAGAUCUGAGUUUGCCUGCCAGUCUGCCCGAGGAGAAGGUUUCUACCUUUAUUAUGAUGUACAGGACACACUGUCAGAGAAUACUGGACACAGUAAUCAGAGCCAACUUUGAUGAGGUUCAGAGUUUCCUUCUGCACUUUUGGCAAGGGAUGCCACCCCACAUGCUGCCCGUGCUGGGCUCCUCCACGGUGGUGAACAUUGUCGGCGUGUGUGACUCCAUCCUCUACAAAGCGAUCUCCGGGGUGCUGAUGCCCACAGUGCUGCAGGCGUUACCUGACAGCUUAACUCAGGUGAUCCGAAAGUUUGCCAAGCAGUUGGAUGAGUGGCUGAAAGUGGCUCUCCAUGACCUCCCAGAAAAUCUGCGAAACAUCAAGUUUGAACUGUCGAGAAGGUUCUCCCAGAUUCUGAGACGGCAAACAUCACUAAAUCAUCUUUGCCAGGCAUCGCGGACGGUGAUCCACAGUGCAGACAUCACGUUCCAAAUGCUGGAGGACUGGAGGAACGUAGACUUGAACAGCAUCACCAAGCAAACCCUGUACACCAUGGAAGACUCUCGCGAUGAACACCGGAAACUCAUCAUCCAGUUGUAUCAAGAGUUUGACCAUCUGUUGGAAGAGCAGUCUCCCAUUGACUCCUACAUUGAGUGGCUGGAUACCAUGGUGGACCGAUGUGUUGUGAAGGUUGCUGCCAAGAGACAAGGGUCUCUGAAGAAAGUGGCCCAGCAGUUCCUCUUGAUGUGGUCCUGUUUUGGCACAAGGGUGAUCCGGGACAUGACCUUACAUAGUGCUCCCAGCUUUGGGUCUUUUCACCUGAUCCAUUUGAUGUUUGAUGACUAUGUCCUCUACCUAUUGGAAUCCCUGCACUGUCAGGAGAGGGCCAACGAGCUCAUGCGAGCCAUGAAGGGAGAGGGAAGCACAGCAGAAGUUCGAGAAGAGAUCGUCUUGACAGAGGCGGCCCCACCUACCCCUUCACCAGUGCCAUCGUUUUCUCCAGCAAAAUCAGCCACCUCUGUGGAAGUGCCAGCUCCCUCGUCCCCUGUCAGCAACCCAUCCCCCGAGUACACCGGCCUCAGCACCACAGGAGCGAUGCAGUCAUAUACGUGGUCCCUCACAUACACAGUGACGACAGCUGCUGGCUCCCCAGCUGAAAACUCCCAACAGCUGCCCUGUAUGAGGAGUACGCACGUCCCUUCUUCGUCUGUCACACACAGGAUACCAGUGUACCCCCACAGAGAUGAGCACGGGUACACAGGAAGCUACAACUAUGGAAGCUAUGGUAACCAACAUCCUCAUCCCAUGCAGAGCCAGUACCCGGCCCUGCCUCAUGACACAGCCAUCUCUGGACCACUCCACUACUCCCCCUACCACAGGAGCUCUGCACAGUACCCUUUUACUAGCCCUACUUCCCGGAUGGAGCCUUGUUUGAUGAGCAGUACUCCCAGACUGCAUCCUACCCCAGUCACUCCCCGCUGGCCAGAGGUGCCCACGGCCAACACGUGCUACACAAGCCCGUCUGUGCACUCCACGAGGUACGGAAACUCCGGUGACGUGUACACACCCCUGACCACGCGCAGGAAUUCUGAGUACGAGCACAUGCAACACUUUCCCGGCUUUGCUUACAUCAAUGGAGAGGCCUCCACAGGAUGGGCUAAGUGACUGCUUAUCAUAGGAACCCAUAUUUAAUAAUA